CCGGAAGAUUUUCUGCUGGCGACGGGUUUCAUCGAGAUAGAGAGGAUAAGAACAGUACCCUUAAUCAUGCGCCUCCUUACGGUUCUUGCCUUCGGUACUUUGUGUCUGUUACCCCUGGCGGUGUUGACUGAUGCAAAGCAUCUUCAAAGGCUACACAAAAGAACUAGUAGCGAUGAAUCAACGGAUGAAGUAGGCGAGGUACUUGCUGCAGGUAAUGGAGAGCAUCCAACUUCUCCAGAAAAGCAACCUCAAGCUAAAGAAAGCCAUCCGAACAAUGACCAGGCUUCUUCUGCUGCCCCAGCUACAAAAAAGGUACCCGAAGAAAAGAAACAAACCCUCCCAGAGCCAUCUACUGAAGAAGAGCAGAAAAAAGUUAACGGAAGCAGGUCCAAUGGAAGAGUGGGUCCAAGAAGACAAUUGUUUGGAAGACGAAAUACCAGAAAACGUCUACCGCCGCCCCACUCUCCAAGACGACCAAAACCCACACUGCCUUCUUUUAUUUCUCGCUCCAGGUCAAAGCCCAAUUCAUCAGUUGAUUCACCCAGAGAUGAGCGGGAUGAAUCUCAUAAUUCUGGUAAAACAGAGCAAAUAUCUCGUGAGCAUCAAGUGACACCUCCCAGACGUCAACGUCCCACAGAAACAAAUACUACGGCUUCUGCAAGACGUAGAAAGACGCCAACAAACCGAAGACGCUUUACGCGCAGAAGACAAGAAAGCAAUAAAGAGGGUGACAGUGAAUAGGAUUUUAAAUAUAGUAUUUUAUGUAUUACCUUUAUCAACUUUUAGUAAAAGAAAGCAUAAUUCAUUUUUUA